AUGCCAGUCGACUGUCCCUCGCAGGGGUUUCAUCAGGUCGCUAUGGAGUUCAAGGAGAACCAAGGCAAGGUGUGGCUCUUCCCUCAUGAGGCCUCUGUUGAAUUCAGCCCGGCCAAUGACCGUGACUCGGCUCAGAUCUUGGCCACCUUCCACCUCCCCACUCCAGAGCCUGAAAACAGCAGGAGACUCAAUCGAUCCAUUCCCUCCAGUCAGGCCAUCUCCAUGACCAUUAUGCAGGCCACUUCUGCCCUCUGGGAGGGACUCGAAUUGGCUGUCAGUGGUCCUCAUACCGUCAUCACUCGAUCCCCAACCACCAAGCCAAAGUCCAGUCCAAGUCGCCCUCACAUCCCUUCAACCCACUCUGAGGAUACUUCCGAGAUCCUUGGUUCUGGCAAAACUGCAAAGCAGCCGUCGCCCUCCAAUGGCACCACUACCAAACGCCAGCAGGACAAAGCGGUCGAGCAUUCCUCCAAACCCGCAAAGACCAAGCAACAAAAGGAUCAAGAAGACAAAGGACGAGGGGCAGCGACCAAAGGCCCAGGUGGAACCAGUGCUGCAAAAAAGGCUGCAGCCUCAGGACCAGCAUCCAACUCUACCCAAAAGAGAUGUGGUUACUGCAACUGUACUACUACCCCUAUGUGGAGACGAGGACCUAACGGGCCAAGCACUCUGUGCAACGCUUGUGGUGUCAAAUGGAAACACGGAAAGAUCAUGCAGGAUGUUACGGAGAGUCAACUGGCACCAACGUCAGGACUAGGCUCCAAUUCUUCCAAGUCUUCCAAGGAAUCGCAGGAGAACGGCUACAGUCGGCAAGCCGAGAGCAAGAAAUCCGUCAACAAAGCUAGCCACAGCGGAGGCAGCAGUAGCAGCAUCAAGGCUAACCAUGAUGCAACUUGCGGCGAAUCCACCUCGCCUCAGGACAAACCAAAGGUCAAAGAUGUUCGUAAUGGAGGCAGACGAGGAUCGGAUGCCGACAAGAUUGUCCCUGUCAAAAAAAGACAUUUAGCAACGUCAGUCAGUCCUCCCAUUGGAGGCCCUCGGAUGGUGCCCAUUCACGAACUUGAUGACUUGAUCCGUCCCACCAGCCCCAGUUUUCCAGUCAACCAUAGGAAGCAUGGAUAUGAUGAUGGCAAUGAUGAUGACGCCUAUGGAUCUCAAGGAGACGGACGGACCAAGCAAAGGAAGAAUGGAGUUGGUCGUUCAGAUCAUGGUGGAGACUCUCAUUCGACAUCUGGCUCAAAUCGAUCUGCAGAGAGGGAUGUCCUGUCGCCACACCAAAGCCCCUCCUCCGCAGAUGACGGUCUUUCUUUGUACGCCACCAAGAAUCUGUACACCAACAACACGGCCACUUUCCCGUUGCACUUUCCAACCAUAUCAAUCGGAUUUGGCCCCAACAAUGCUUACUACACAUAUCCCAACUGCGCCGUGAUCUUGUUUGAGAACCAUUUCCAGAUCAAGCUGAUCCAAGGCGGCGAAAGGACCGAGAUUGACGUGUGGAAGGAGGGUAUUGAAGGCACAGAGUUUCAAGUUGUCGACGUUGGUGAUGGCGAGAGUAUGAUUGUCAUGAAGGCUCUUCUACGACAAUACCUCACCAGGUUUGACAAGGAGUUGCUGAACCCCGACAGGAAUGAGAGUCUUAUUAUUUUCAGGUUUCGGGAACGAUUGGAUGGUGGUGGACCGUCCGUAAAGCCACUUCUGGAGCACUGGCUAGCGACUGACAUUCCUGUUCCGCCUGUUCACCCUUCUCAGGACACCUUUUGA